AUGACUGAGAUUGAUACAUGCCAACGCGGCUCAAAACCGUGUUCGGGUUCUGAGAAGCCUGAAAGACUGAUAGAAUUGUCCAAAUGGUUUCUCGAUGAGGCUUACAAGAAGGGAUCAACGUCGCUGCUCGCAGAAGAGAAUUUACUGGAGUACAAUAAUUACGUGAGGGCUAGCCUCAGCUGUCUAUUCAAUGCCCUCGAACAAUACAAAGGCUUGCUUACGCUGGCAGAUGAGGUUUAUAUCCACUAUAAAAUCACAGAGACGUUGCUUAGAGAAACCACAAGCCUUGAUCUCGCGUCAGAAUACUGCAGUCGCGGAUUGCAGCUCGCCAAAAGAUGCGAAUCACUAGAGUAUCAAAUCCGUUUGGAGCUUCUGAACUUUGAAAUACAAUAUUUGACAGAUAAAUCCAAAGGCAAGAAGACAAGUUUUUCCUACUUCAUGAGCAUAGCACAUCAUUGCGAAUCGCUGAAUAGUAUUACAUUGACAAGCAUUAUAGAAUAUUUGAAAAUUCAAUAUUUUGGCAUGAUUUUCGAGGAAGACCAGAUGUACCGCAACUAUGAUCGCAUAAUUGAACGACUGGAGGCUACCUUGAGUGAAAACACAUUCACAUUUCUACAGCUGGUGCUUGUAUGCCAGCUUCAAUUUCACUUAUUUCGGGGAAACUCGAUAGAGAUCGCACUGGAAAAAUACCAAAGACUAAAGGAGUCUCAAGAAAGGUACGCUCAAUAUACGAAAUCUCUUCCUCCGCAAUUCAAGGCCAUCACUCAAAUUCUGGACCUUUUAAUAUCCAUUCAGGAUGACGACUUUAAAAGCACGAAAAGCAAAAUGAGCAAAAUCGAUGCUUUGAUAAGAGAGCUCAAGACCUUGGAACCUUGGGCCCGAAACUUUCGGUUCUGUGUCCCCGUCGACGUCAAGGUAGCACAUCAAGAGUUUGCGCUACCGUUGCAGAUCAAUUGGCUCACCUUGCGCGAGUUCAGCAUGUUAUCUUACUUUUAUUGUGGUGUCUCGUACGUGAUAAAAUCUUGGGACGGCAAGAAUCGUACAGAAAUGCUGUUUGCACAAUGUCAGAAAUACAUUGGUUACGAACUCAGCGAGCCUGUUUUGAUUUCCAGCAAUGAGAUGGAAGCCAAAGUUCUUCGCUUGAAGUAUUUCGGCCUAUUGAUUAAUUUCUAUCAGGUCCUUGCCAAAUUCCAGUGUAAUCAGUGGCACUCGUUCAACAGGGAUGAGUUCCCACAACUGUGGAAGUUUAUUGAUGACUACAAUUUGGGCCGCUUUUCCUCGCAGGAGCUUGUCAUUUACCACAAAAUCGUGGACAAGGUAUACUUCCUGCUCGCAUUACAGAGUCAAAGAAUGAACGAUCUAGAUGCAGCACUGCACUACUACCUCAAACUCCGAGAGCUCCAUUCCUCGUCUUCAACGGAGCUCAAUGACUACAAUUUUUUCAGCGACACUAUUCUGGCUUCCUACAAGCAAACCACGAGCGGCGUGGGUGGCUGUCUGCAGGAAGCCAAAGACUAUCAUAAUCAGCUAUACUAUCUUGCGACACUCAAUCUAGUGAUACUGACGAUCCACAACCUUAGGCGACUGAAGCUGCGCAGCGUUUCGGAAUUUGACGAGGAUUACCAGCUCCUGAUGGACCGUUAUGCCAAAUUUUUGAAAUUGAAGAAUACACUUUACAGCGAACUGGUACGGAUGCAAUCGCUGUACAAGACGAACGUAUUACUGAGCUCAACGCUGGACAUCUUUGUGCGGUACAUACUCGCCGACGAGGGACAGCCGGUGGAAAUCGAGUCCGCUCACCUGGAGAAGUUUUCACAGAUCUCUCCGUUGCUGCUGUCUAUGGUAUAUUUCGUGAAGGGAGAGACGGCCAAAAACAACCGGUCGCAGUCCGAGCUUGAGAAUUUGAACAUGAAGAUUCAGCUUUACAACCAGAGUUUUAAGUCUUCAUGCAAGCAGAGCGGCUUUGGACCCAACAAUGUUGGCUACCUUGCGCUGAAAGAGAUUUCUAAUAUUAUCGAGAAAAACCAGAGCUGCUUUGAUAAGGAUCAAUUGGACAUCGUCCAGCUGAAACUCAGAGACGUGAAGAGAGGGUUUGAAACCCGUAAGCGGAAGCUAGACCCAGAAAGUCUUCCUCCAAGCUCAAAGGAAGAAAGUGUAUUCAGCUCACAAAUUUAA